AUGCUGUUCUAUGCUAGCAAAGAAGUGAUUAUUUCUGGAGGUGCUGUCAACACACCCCAAUUAUUGCUACUUUCUGGAGUGGGACCUGAAGAAGAACUACGAAAAGUCAACGUUCCAGUCGUACAUAAUUUACCAGGAGUUGGAAAGAACCUACAAAAUCACGUGGCGUUUUUCAUCAAUUUCCACAUAAAUGAUUCGAACACUGCCACGCUGAAUUGGGCGACAGCUGUUGAAUAUUUAUUAUACAGAGAUGGAUUGAUGAGUGGAACAGGUAUUUCAGAAGUGACUGGCUUUGUCAAUACAAAAUAUCAAGAUCCACAUGAAGACCAUCCAGAUGUUCAGUUCUUCUUUGGAGGGUUUUUAGCAGAUUGUGCUAGAACUGGACAAAUAGGAGAAAAAGUUAAUAAUGAUUCCCGAUCCAUUCAGAUUAUACCGACUGUACUACAUCCAAAAAGUCGAGGGUCUCUUCGACUCAGGGAUUCCAACCCUCUUAGCCACCCGUUGAUUUAUGCCAAUUACUAUACGCAUCCAGAUGACGUGAAAGUUGUGGUAGAAGGAAUAAAAAUAGCUUUGAAGUUAUCGGAAACUACAGCCUUGCGACAAUAUGGC